UCUGGACUGGACUAUCAUACCAAACCGGGUCAGUACUGAGAGAAAACGCAGUGUGUGACGCGCUCGAGUCGACAGUCAGUCAGUUUAUCCUUUCUUUCAUCGGAUAUUCAUCGUAUGUUGUGUCGUUUGUUGCAUUGAAAUAAUCCUCCAAAAUGCCCAAGCCACUGACAGACCAAGAGAAAAGGAAGCAGAUAUCGGUGCGAGGGCUUGCUGGGGUGGAAAAUGUUGCGGACCUCAAGACAAAUUUUAAUCGUCACCUCCACUUUACACUGGUAAAGGACCGAAAUGUGGCGACCAAAAGAGACUACUACUUUGCUUUGGCCAACACCGUCCGCGACCAUCUCGUCGGGCGAUGGAUCCGGACGCAGCAGCAUUACUAUGAGAAAGACCCAAAACGGGUGUACUACCUCUCCCUGGAGUUCUACAUGGGACGGACCCUUCAGAACACCAUGGUGAACCUGGCUCUGGAGAACGCCUGCGACGAGGCCACGUAUCAGCUGGGCCUGGAUAUGGAGGAGCUCCAGGAUAUAGAGGAAGAUGCUGGUCUGGGUAACGGUGGUCUGGGUCGGCUCGCUGCAUGCUUCCUAGACUCCAUGGCAUCGCUUGGGCUGGCGGCUUACGGCUAUGGCAUCCGCUAUGAGUUUGGCAUCUUCAACCAGAAAGUUGUCGACGGCUGGCAGGUUGAGGAAGCGGAUGAUUGGCUGCGCUAUGGAAACCCCUGGGAGAAGGCGCGUCCUGAGUACAUGCGUCCCGUCCACUUCUACGGCAAGGUGGAGCACCAUCCUGACGGGGUGAAGUGGGUGGACACACAGGUGGUCUUGGCCUUGCCCUAUGACACUCCUGUACCUGGGUACAGAAACAACAUUGUCAACACCAUGAGACUGUGGUCUGCCAAGGCUCCCUGUGACUUCAACCUCAAAGACUUCAAUGUCGGUGGCUACAUUCAAGCUGUGCUGGACAGGAACUUGGCUGAGAACAUCUCCCGUGUCCUCUACCCUAAUGACAAUUUCUUUGAGGGCAAGGAACUGCGCCUGAAGCAGGAGUACUUUGUGGUGGCAGCCACUCUACAGGACAUCAUCCGUCGCUUUAAGUCCUCAAAGUUUGGCUCCACAGAGGUGGUGCGCGUGGACCUCACCACCCUCCCUGACAAGGUGGCCAUCCAGCUGAAUGACACCCAUCCUGCCAUGGCCAUCCCUGAGGUGAUGAGGAUUCUGGUGGAUGUAGAGAAACUGACAUGGGAAAAGGCUUGGGACAUCUGUGUACGUACCUGUGCCUACACCAACCACACAGUCUUGCCCGAAGCUCUGGAGCGCUGGCCCAUUGACCUGUUCCAGAACCUUCUUCCUCGUCACCUGGAGAUCAUCUACGAGAUCAACAGACGUCACAUGGAGCGCAUUGCCAAGCUGUAUCCUGGGGACGAUGACCGUCUUCGCCGCAUGUCCCUGAUCGAGGAGGGGGACAUGAAGAAGAUCAACAUGGCGCAUCUGUGCAUUGUGGGAUCCCACGCCGUCAACGGAGUAGCCCGGAUCCACUCGGACAUCAUCAAAUCCUCUAUCUUCAAGGACUUCUAUGAAGUGGAUCCAGACAAGUUUCAGAACAAGACCAAUGGCAUCACACCCAGACGCUGGCUGGUCAUGUGCAACCCUGGCCUUGCUGAAGUCAUAGCAGAGAGGAUUGGGGACGAUUAUAUGCGUGAUCUGGACCAGCUGAAGAAGCUGCUCAAAUUUGUGGAUGAUGACGCAUUCAUCCGCGAUAUUGCCAAGGUCAAACAGGAGAACAAGCUGAAGUUUGCCGCCUAUCUUGAGGAGCAUUACAAGGUGAAGAUAAAUCCCGACUCCAUGUUCGAUGUUCACGUCAAGAGGAUCCAUGAAUACAAGAGGCAGCUUCUCAACUGCUUGCACAUCAUCACUCUCUACAACCGUAUCAAGAAGGAGCCUAACAAGUCUUGGACUCCCAGGACUAUAAUGAUUGGAGGAAAGGCUGCCCCAGGUUACCACACUGCUAAGAUGAUCAUCAAGCUGAUCACAUCAAUUGGAGACAUCGUCAACUACGACCCAGUUGUGGGAGAUCGUCUUAAAGUAAUCUUCCUGGAGAACUACAAGGUCACUCUGGCUGAGAAAGUCAUUCCUGCUGCUGACCUAUCUGAGCAGAUCUCUACAGCGGGCACAGAAGCCUCUGGCACUGGCAACAUGAAGUUCAUGUUGAAUGGUGCCCUCACCAUCGGCACCAUGGAUGGUGCCAACGUGGAGAUGGCAGAGGAGGCUGGCGAGGAGAACCUCUUUAUAUUCGGCAUGAGGGUGGAGGAUGUGGAGGCAAUGGACAAGAUAGGAUAUGAUGCCAAUGCAUAUUACAACCGCAUCCCUGAGCUGAAGCAGGCCAUUGACCAAAUUGCUGGAGGUUUCUUCAGUCCCAACCAACCCGACCUCUUCAAGGACAUUGUGAACAUGCUGAUGCACCAUGACAGGUUUAAGGUGUUUGCUGACUAUGAAGAGUACAUCAAUGCCCAGGAUAAAGUCAGUGCACUCUACAAGAACCCUAAAAAGUGGACCAAGAAGGUGAUCCACAACAUCGCUGGCUCUGGGAAGUUCUCCAGUGACCGUACCAUCUCCCAGUAUGCCAAGGAGAUCUGGGGAAUGGAGCCCAACCUGGAGAAGAUCGGAGCCCCUGAUGACCCCCGUUAAACCAGCCCUUCUCUGGUCCUUCCACAAAAAUCUACAGAACUUGAUAAACGGUUCACUAUAAUAUCAACGAAUGCUCUGUAACCUAGGUUAUUUUUUGGUGUAACGUGUGGCUGUAUUUGUGAAGGAAGCGUAGCAAAAACCCUGACUGUGUUCAACAUUAACAUUGUAUGGUGCUAUCACUCUACAAAUGUUCCCUUGCGAUUAACCAGCAAUGCAUAGUGGACAAACAUUGUCACACUAUAUCAGUUCACCAUCACAAUUUAUUUGAAGCACUUAUUCAGCAAAUGGCUUGAGGAAAACCUCAUUAAUACCACAUGGAACCAAAACCAUGCUUUCCAAUGGAAAUGUAAUGAAGAGAAAUGUCAAAGUGGCUUAUCAAUUAAGUAUUGCAAUUAUGCACAUCCUCAACACUGUGGACAUACAGUGUUGGUCUGCCAAGGAAACCAUGGUCUGCACCAAAUAUAUUCGGUUGAAAGUUCUCUACUUUAAAUCUGUAUUUCAGUUAGAAGUCUGUUUUGCUGACUUUCUAUGUUGAAUGUAUCUGUGUGUAAUGUAAUGCUUAUCAGUUAGAAAAAUUGAUCACAUCUUAGUUGUGUUAGCAUGAUCCCAUAUGUAUAACAAAUCACAAA